AUGGAUCGUGUCAGCAAUUUACCAGACGAGCUUCUUCAUCAGAUCUUGUCCUUCCUUCCCACGAAGGAUGCUGCUGUGACUUCGGUUCUCUCAGAGAGAUGGCUCAAUCUGUGGAAACUCAAUCCUAACCUUGACAUUGAUGACACUGACUUUCUCCGUCCUGAAGCUCGUAAAGGAGUAAGGGCAGAGAUCAGACAGAGCUUCGUCGAUUUCGUGGACAGUGUAAUUGCUAGGCAGGGUGAUUCUCCUAUCAAGAAAUUCUCCCUACAGUGCCUAACUCGUGUCCAUCCAGAUAUUGUGAAUCGUUGGAUAUGCAAUGUCCUGAAGCGUGGUGUUUCUGAGCUUGACCUCUUCACUAAUGUUUCCGACGAGGAUACCGGAAAUGAUGGUUAUCGUCUGCCUAGAGAGUUGUUCUUCAGUAGUACACUCGUUAAGCUAAAGUUAAGAAGUGAACAGUAUCUUGAUUGGUGGUGCCCUGGGGGGACGACGACGGAUUCAUUUUCCUUACCCAUGCUUAAAAGUCUUGAUCUCGACUCGUACUCGCAGCUGGUGUUUUCUGAGAAGUUUAUUCCUUCUUUCCCUGCUCUUGAGGAAUUGCGAGUUGAUAACAUGGAGUGGAAUGAAAUGAAUGUAACCGUGUCAAGUGCAAGCCUCAUAAAGAUAGAUGUCCAAGCUGGUUAUGAAGGUUCUGUGAAUCCGAUAAGCGUUUCUUUUGAUACUCCAAAUCUGCUUUUCUUGAUCUACAUUGAUUUGGUUGCGGAAGACUAUCCAUUAGUUAAUAUGAAUAAAAUAGUUGAAGCUUCAAUCGAUCUUAUUAUAAAGGAUGAUCACGUCAAGCGACUAAGAGAGCCAGAUAAUGAUUUGUUAGAGGAGGAUGAUGCUCAUGUUGAUGUUUUCAAAUUUGGCAAUGCGGUGAAGCUCAUGAAUGGCAUACAAAAUGUUCAGAAACUUGACUUAAGUGCUGAUACUAUAGAGGUCAGCUUUUCUAUUAAUGUGUUAAUCUUUCUGGUCUCGUUCUUGUGA